AUGAGUGCGACUACUACCUGUGCGCCGUUCUCACAGGCGGUUGUAAGGGCAAUGCGGAAGUUAUAUCCGCGAGAGCUUGCAGACAACUCUUGGGACAAUACCGGAUUGCUACUCGAAGCCCCAUUCAAUGCUUCUCGCCGCCAGUCAAACACAGUCCUCCUUACCAUUGACCUGACCAAAGCCGUUGCCGACGAGGCCAUUGCACUCAACUCUUCGAUCGUCGUCGCAUACCACCCUAUCAUAUUCCGAGGCCUGAAGUCGUUGACUCUUGCGGAUACACAACAGCAAUCGCUACUGCGGCUAGCCAGUCAUGGAAUUAGUGUAUACUGUCCACAUACAGCGUUGGAUGCAGCACCAGGAGGACUGGGAGAUUGGCUAGCAAAUAUUGUUACAGGCACAAAGAAUGUGGGUCAGUCUCCAGGCGCAGGUCAACUAGAGCCCUCAAAUCCUACAGAGGAAAACAACGACGAUCCCUUCAUUGAGAAGAAACGGCCAACUUUUACCCUGAACCACCACCCGAGCCAGCGUACCCUCCAGUUUGGCAAGCUACUCACUUCGACAGCCCCCGUUACUGCUCCACACAAGCGAGAAGUCAUCAAACCCCAGACGCCGGAACUCGCUUCACAUCCAAACGCCGGCAUGGGCCGCAUCGUGAGAUUCGAUGAUGCCCAGCCCCUUCCCACUCUCCUCGAUCGCAUAGGCAAAGGGCUCAACAACCCCAAGGGCUUCCCAAUCGCAAUCCCCCAAGGUAAAACAAUCUCUGACAUGCAAAUCAAAAGCGUAGGCAUCUGCGCAGGCUCUGGCUCCGGCCUCCUCAGCGGCCUAGACGUCGACCUGCUCUUCACGGGCGAGCUAGACCAUCAUGCAGCACUCGCAGCAAUCGAGCAAGGAAGAGUAGUUAUCAGCUUGUUUCAUAGCAAUUCUGAGCGCGGGUUCCUCGCCGAGGUUAUGAGUACGCAACUAGAAGAUGCUGUGGACGAGGAGUGGAAAAAGGUCAGGGAAGAGUACAAGGAUAACGGAGAGUUUCGGGAGGCGCUGGCGGAUGAAGAAGUCAUUGUUGAGGUCAGUGAGGCAGAUAGGGAUCCGUAUGGUAUUGUGGUUUUGAGGGAUGACGCGGGACAAGCAUAG